GCCGGCCCGGCGUAUGGAGAAACCCGGCAGGAUGGAUUGUCCCGCUUUGCCUCCAGGUUGGAAAAAGGAAGAGGUGAUCCGUAAAUCGGGCCUGAGCGCCGGUAAAAGCGAUGUUUAUUACUUCAGCCCCAGUGGGAAGAAGUUCCGCAGCAAGCCGCAGCUGGCUCGCUACCUCGGCAAUUCCGUGGAUCUGAGCUCCUUCGAUUUCCGCACGGGGAAGAUGAUGCCCAGCAAGCUGCAAAAGAACAAACAACGCCUGAGGAACGACGCCCUCAACCCCAACAAGGGGAAGCCGGACCUGAACACGGCGCUGCCGAUCCGGCAGACGGCGUCCAUCUUCAAACAGCCGGUAACCAAGGUAACCAAUCACCCCGGCAACAAGGUGAGGAGCGACCCCCAGCGCCUGACGGAGCAGCCCCGGCAGCUUUUUUGGGAGAAGAGGCUGCAGGGGUUGAGCGCUUCGGAUGUCAGCGAGCAAAUCAUCAAAUCCAUGGAGCUGCCCAAGGGAUUGCAAGGUGUGGGUCCCGGGGCGAGCCGGGAAUCGCUGCUUUCGGCCGUGGCCAGCGCUCUGCACUCGGGCUCCGCUCCCAUCACGGGCCAGAAUUCCCUGGCCGUGGAGAAAAAUCCCGGGAUUUGGUUGAACACGGCUCAGCCGCUCUGCCGCGCCUUCGUGGUCACCGACGACGACAUCCGGUGA